AUGGGGGCCUUAUUCCUAAAUAUGUUUAAGGAUUGGUGUUUUUUGUCUAAUAAUGCGUGGUUUAAUAAUGGGAGGAUUUUAUUGGUUUGGAAUCCAAAUGUCUUCUCUGUGGAUAUCAGGAUCUGUUCUAGUCAAUGCAUUCAUUGUUGGUUAACCCCUCAAAAUGGAUCAAAUGGUUUUUUCUGUACAUUUGUAUAUGCUUUUAAUGAUGAGGAGCGCAGGAGAGUUUUAUGGCAGCAAUUUAGAGAUAUGCAGAUUAAAGAACCAUGGAUUUUGCUUGGUGAUUUCAAUGCUACCAUUAAUACGGAAGAAAGAAUUGGUGACAGAGUUAGAUCCCUCUAUUUUGAAUCCUUUUAUAACUGUCUUCUUGAUUAUGAUUUGACUGAUAUUCCUUUCCAUGGUUUUUUUUUCACAUGGAAUAACAAGCAAGUUUCUUCUGAUCAUAUAAUUGCUAAGCUUGAUAGAGUAUUGGGUAAUGCAACUUGGUUUGAAAAUUUUCCUCAGGCGCAUGCUUGUUUUUUACCGGAGGGUCUUUUUGAUCACUCUCCAGCAGUGGUUUCUCUGAGUCAAAAUAUGGAGUUAGGAAAGAAGCCUUUUCGCUACUUCAAGAUGUGGCAAAAAUUCACAGAUUAUCAUCAAUAUGUCAGUGAGGCGUGGAGUUAUAGGGUGCAGGGAUCUCCUAUGUUCAAAGUUGUGGCCAAACUCAGAAGAGUUAAAAGUGCUUUGAAAAAGCUGAAUACAUGUAUAGUUGGAGAUAUCAGUGCUUCUUUUUUAAAAUCUGAACAACUUCUUCAUCAUAUGCAGCAGCAAGUAAAUGAUGACCCUCUUAAUACUCAAUAUAUUGCAGAUGAAUUGAAGCACAUGCAGGAGCAUAAUGUUUAUAGAGAAGCAUAUAUGGAUUUUUUGAGACAAAAGUCUAAGUUGUCUUGGCUGCAUUCAGGGGAUGCCAAUACUCAAAUAUUUCAUAGAAUGAUUAGGCAAAGAAGAGUGCAUAAUUCAGUCAUGGCUAUUCAUGAUGAGCAAGGUAAUUAG